CGCGUCGAGCCGUCAGCCGUAUCUCGUGUUAGCUUGAUGUUUUGUGAGAUAAACACAAUCAACUGAACGUUUCGAAAUAUUUUGGUGACUGUUGUGUGAUGGAUCUGUGAACUGAACAAAAUGGAGGAGGAGUCGAUGUCGGGCCACAGCUGUUCUGAGGACGAUAUUAGUGUCGGCCGGCCGUCGCCGGCACCGUCGCGAUCUCCUUCGCCGCACGAUUAUUUUAGGCCGUUGAAGAGGUUGAAGAUGGCUUCGGAGCCGGCUGAGGAGCGUAGGGGUGAUGGGGUGAAGAGUUUUUCGAUUUUGGACAUUUUGUCGCACAGUCCUCGUACUCCGCCGCGUAUAGUGCGUCCCUGGGAUGCUUCGGGGCUGGAGCGGCUGCAGCGGUUGCAGCGGUUGGCGGGGGCGGCGUUGCUGGACGGGGAGCGCUGGCGGCUGGCGGCGCUGGGGCUGCUGAGGCCGCGGGAGCUGGCGCCCGAGUGCGACUCUGCGUCGGAGCGCUCGUCGUCGGCGUCGGACUGCUGCUCGGAGCCGCGCCGCGCGCAGCACGCGACUGCGGCGCCGCACACGCCGCUCGACGCGCUGUUCCACAUGACCAGCAAGACCUUCGAGGCCAAUAAUCCUGACAACGGAGAUGGUCAGUCGAAUCACCUCAAUCUGUUCAACUCACGGCCGCAGCCCAAGAAGAAACGAAAAUCCCGAACAGCUUUCACCAACCACCAGAUUUUCGAGCUGGAGAAACGGUUUCUCUAUCAGAAGUACCUCUCGCCCGCAGACAGAGAUGAGAUCGCCAGCUCUCUAGGACUCUCCAACGCACAAGUGAUCACUUGGUUCCAAAACAGACGAGCAAAGCUCAAACGAGAUAUGGAGGAACUAAAAAAAGAUGUGGAAAGUGCUAAAGUGUUAUCAGCUCACAAAAGUUUUCUGGAAAACGUGACUGAUCUGGGCAUUCUGAAGAAGAAGGCUAUGAGCAUAGGAGCCAGCGAGGAGGCGGCGACCAACCUUGUAGUGAACGCGUCUAAAUGAAACGAGGCCUCGCGCGCGAUCCAAAGUGAUGUCACUUACGAUCGGCGCGUGAUCGACUAUUGAAUCGAAUAGUCGAAUCGACUAAAGUGACUCUGUGUUAAAAUCGAAUUCAACACGAACUUUUCAAAUGACUUUUAAAUGUUUUUAUCUCCACUAUUAAUAGUAUUUCGUAAAGUACAUCACUAUUUAAUACGUCUGUAAAUAGUAUUAGUCGACCGUAGUGUAUUGUUGUACAAACUUAUGAAGCUUCGUUCGAAAUAAAUGUGAUAGUUGAUUUUAUUAUUUAAGUACUUAAUAUUUUAUAGAGAUAUUGCUAAAUUAUUUAUUUUUGUUGGACUAUUAACUGGCUUGUAGAACAACAAUUUUAUUGUGUAGAGUAGCGAUCCAGUGAAUAGUUUUUCGAGCAUGUCGAUACUGAAAUGUGAACUUUCCAUUAAAUGUGCAAUAAUUAUAAUAAAAUUACAUCAUCUAUGAGCCAGUUAUAACGUCUAGCCUACGUUACUAUUGUACAUAUUAAUGUAAAGGUAGUUUGUUUAGUAAUUAAAACUUAAACGGUAGUUUUAUCUUAAUGAAAGUGCGGAGUUAAUGAAGUGUAUAGUACCUACCUAUCUUAUCUAAUUUUUAAUUAGUAAGUGUAAUUACUAAUUUUAAAUUAGUUUAAAUUGUGGAUUUCUACUAAUUAACUACCGGCAAUAGUGAAAGAAUAUUAAUGGUAAUGACUAAGUAAUUUCAUAUGAUUUUAACAUCAUUACGUGCAAAAUAAUGACGGCGCUCGUAAAAAUUAUUAUGAUUUUAAAACGCAAGCGAUGUAGCUAAUUAUUUUAAAGUUUUACAAUUUUAUACGCAUUGUGUAAAUAACUCAUUAUUAGUAUGUUAAAUCACUAAUUGAAUGAAUUGGCAACAUUUGUAACUUUUCAAUAAAUAAUAGAAAAAUAUUACAAAAUAAGUCUUAUCGUUUGACUGGAACUUGGAGUCAAAUUAAAUAGAAAUCAGUCUGUAUACUCUUUUAGUACUUACCUAAAAUUAAUAAAGUAUUCUUGCCAGAUUAAUAUUUUCAUGUCAUCAUUGUAAACUUGAAUAAUUUUGUAUUGAAUAACUGACGACACUCUUUUGUAAUUAUCUUCUAUAUAUUACAAUCCUUGUUUAUCUUUGGAACAAUUCUCUUUAAUCGUUAGUUUAUUAAAACUAUUGAGAUCAAUUCUACAAAUCGAAAAACAUUUUUAUGCGAUCUUUAAUCGAUUUCAAAUUAAUCGACUAGUGUCGUGAUUGUGUUAGGCGACAUCAGUAUCACUAUUUGAUUUUCAAAAUGGUGGAUUACUUUCUAGAAGUCUAUGGAAUUGGUCUGAUAGUUUUUUCUCGUUCCUACUACUAUAACUUACAGCUACUUAAUGUAACGUUUUUACAUUAGGCACAAUCAGUGCUUCGAUAACUAUGUGAAUAUUACUUAGUGUAAAUAAACAUUAUGUGUUCUAA